AUGGAAAAUGAUCGGUUUCAGAAAUGUUUCAGACACAUAUUUUGGUUUACUGGGAUAGUUGUUAUGUAUGAUGUGCAAAAUAUGGAACUAUUUAACUUAUGCAAGGUUACUCUAGAUGAAGCUGUUCAUAUUGAAGAAAUUACUAGAAAGCAGAGUAAAUCAGAUCAUUGGAUUAAGCAGAGGCAAAAUAGAAUAACUUCUAGUAAGUUUGGUGAUAUAAUCAAACGGAAGGCCCCUGUUAAUGAGUCUCUUAUUAACAGAAUAUGGCCUAGAACUAGUGUAACCACAGCCUCCAUGAAAAUGGGUUUAGAUAAUGAAGAGAAAGCAGUUGAAAAAUACCUCAUGGAUAAUCCAACAUAUAAAGCAUUUACUUGCGGGGUUUGCAUAAACCCUGGGAUUCCAUUUCUAGCUUCAACACCAGAUAGGUUGAUAUAUGAUACAGAGACGGAACAAUGUCAUUUACUUGAAAUAAAAACACUUGUUAAAGGAGGACUAACAUUAAAACAAACUGUAAGAGAAUGUAUACAAGACAAAUCUGCCCCAUUUUUGGAAGUUACUAGAGAAAAUGAAAUACGGCUUAAAGAAAACCAUGGACACUAUAUGCAGAUACAGGCUUGAAAACAUGUCACCUUUUAGUUGACAGUGGAUGUGAUGUAUUCAAGCAAGUGAUUGAUUUUGAUGAAAGCACAUGGACUAAUGAGUAUUUGCCAAUUUUAACUCUGUUUUAUUUUCAUCAAUUCAAAAAUUCUCAUCACUUUAAACAAUAAUUUCAGUGUCGGCAGAAUAUGAGGCUUGUUAAUUCUAAUACCUUUGAUUAAAAUAUAUUCAAG